AUGAAUAGAAUCUUUGUACUUUUUGUAACUUUAUUUUAUUCUUCAAAUUCAAUAAAUAUUCCACAACGUUAUUUGGAACAAUGUGAAAACACAAACUCAACAGAAAUUGGAAAAUGCUUGAAUUCUACUGAUAAUUGCGAAAUAUUUCUUGGUUGUAUGGCUGAAAUUCAAUGUAAACCAAUCGAUGAAGAUUAUAAAAAUCAAUUGGAUUCUUGUUGGAAAUCUGUAUUUAUGGAGAAAUUUGGAGAGUGUCGAAAAAAAUUAAUCGAGGCAAAAGCAAAUUGUCAGAAAGAUAAAUUGAAAAACAUGACACAGGUAAGUCACAUUUUUCUUGGCCGUUUUGGUGGAAAACAAAUUUCAGAAUCCCGAACUCCGAGCAUGUAACAAUAUUCGAGAUUCUAAAACCUGUAUGAAACAAAAAAUCGGAAAAUUUUGCGGUGCAGAAGAUGAAAAAGAAUAUGUUCGAUACAGCAAAAUUAUUUAUGAAGGAAGUAAUUGUUACAAUUUGA